GUAUAUAAGUUGGUAUAACUUGUGAUGUGUAUGACAAGGCCGAUGGAUAUUAAAUAACACUAAAAGGUUUUUGCAAACAUGAAUGUUCCGUUCCAAGGGAUGUACCAAGGUGAAACCCUAGAAUGUUUCAUAGACCGUCAUGUUCGACCAAAUUACGAGUUUCUACAAAGAUGUAGCCACAUAAUAAACAGAGUUGUAAGAACUAUACACCGACAUCCUGGGUAUAGUGUUAGUCAGAUUAUCAAGGGAGGAUCACUUGGGAAAGGAACUGGAGUUAAAGGACAUUCGGAUGUUGAUCUACUUGUAGUCUUGAAUGAUUUCAAAACUGUUGACGAACUAGCUAGUCAGAUGGAUAAUAUACUAAAUGACUUCUCUUAUUACCUGAGCUCAUGUAAUGGUAUAAGAAUUGUAGGAAGAACACCAUACACACUCCAAUUCCAGAUAAUGUGUGACAGUGGGAACGACUGGCAUGAUGUUGAUUUGUUGCCGAUAAUUGAUAUAUGGAGCACCUGGUUGUUCGGUCUUGUUGGAGGUCCAACUAAGGCAUACAAAGAAAUGGUCAAGAAACCGCAUCUACGAAAAUACUAUGCAAAGUGUUUGUGUAAACUGCAGAUUGAGUUUGUGAAAAAUCGACCAUGUCGCGUCAAAGAUUUAAUUCGACUUUUAAAAUAUUGGAAUAAAACAGAAGGGAUAGGAAUUUCAUCAUAUUGUUUAGAAUUGAUUGUCAUCUGUGUUUGGCAACGAAAUGAUUUUUGUCAGAACUUCACCAUGAGAACGAUGCUAAUGGAGGUUGCUAAUCAGCUAAUUGAUAUAAAUAACAUUGCUGUAUGUUGGGGUCAGCACUAUACUGCCCACAAAUACGUUCACAACUUAAGCAAAAAGCCACCAUAUAUCUUAGAUCCAGCAAAUCCCUUUCACGAUCUCGUACCAGGAACACAUUUUGACUGGAUGCAUUUUCACAACAACUUCAGUCAUAUACAGGAGCAUGCUAGGAAUCUCAAAAUUAUGUUAGGCGGCGUUCCGGAAACGUGGGACUGGUAUAGAAAAUGGUUUGCUGUGAUUUGUUGUUGUGUUUGCUUGUGUAUGUUGGUAAUAAGAUUCAGGCGAAUAUUUAAUUUUGUCUUUAUUUCAAUAGCGAAAAGCUAUUUAGAAAUAGUGAAGUCUUUGAUGGACUUAAUCAUUUCUGCAACUCAAACUCAAAUCACUCAAUCUAUAAAUGCAAAGAAGGUUGAUGUUGAAGAACUUGUCCCAUUGGAGGAUCAGCCAAAAGAUUCAAGAUAUAAAUUAAAGCUAGGCAUUGCUGCAUUAAUUGGAAUGUGCUUUUUUGAAUUGGCUUACAACACAUACACAGUCACAACAAAUGCAAUGAAGCUAUGGAGAAUUUGUAGUGUUUUUGGACGAAGAUAUGUGAUAAGAAGAAUAAAACAUAUAUUUCUACCUUUUAGAAAAUGAAUGUUUCAAACAACAGUUGUGUAUGAAAUAAAUUGUUGUCAAGAUUCAGAUCUAAAACUUGUGAUAUGAUUUUUGGUUGAAUAUUAUAUAU